CUUGCAGCCGUCUCCAGCCUGGACAUUGAGAGUAAACUGAGCGUAUACUACCGUGCCCCAUGGCACCAGCAGAGAAACCUCUUCCUCCCGGCCACAAGGCCACCCUGCGUGGAGGAGCUGCACCACCAUGCCCGGCAGAGCCUGCAAGCCCUGCGCAGAGAACACCGGAGCCGGAGUGAUCGCCGGGAGCAGAGAGCUGCUGUCCCCCUUUCGGUGGCGGCUCCUCCACUGCCAGCCUAUCCCCCAGCUCACAGCCAGAGGAGGCGCGAAGUUAAGGACCGGCACUUCUUAACGUUUAACAGCACCCGUUCGCCCUCCCCCACUGAGUGUUGCCACAUGACCCCAUGGAGUAGAAAGUCCCAUCCCCCGGAGGACGAAGAUACAGAUGUCAUGUUAGGGCAGCGGCCGAAAAACCCAGUACACAAUAUCCCAUCGACGCUGGACAAGCAGACCAACUGGAGCAAAGCACUGCCUCUCCCAACACCAGAGGAGAAGAUGAAACAAGAUGCCCAAGUGAUUUCUUCCUGCAUUAUUCCCAUCAAUGUCACUGGAGUUGGUUUUGACAGAGAGGCUAGUAUACGCUGCUCUCUUGUUCAUUCACAAUCCGUACUACAGCGGAGACGGAAACUGAGGAGGAGGAAAACCAUCUCGGGUAUCCCCAGAAGAGUCCAACAAGAAAUAGAUUCUGAUGAAUCCCCUGUGGCCAGGGAAAGGAAUGUGAUUGUGCACACGAAUCCAGACCCUUCCAACACUGUCAACAGGAGGUCUGGAACCAGGGAUUCAGAGUGCCAAACUGAAGAUAUUCUGAUUGCUGCUCCAUCCAGAAGGAGAAUCAGAGCUCAAAGGGGUCAAAGCAUUGCAGCUUCCCUUUCUCAUUCUGCUGGCAACAUCUCUGCGUUGGCAGACAAAGGCGACAGCAUGUUCACUACUGCAGUGAGCAGCCGUACAAGAUCUCGGAGCCUCCCCCGGGAGGGCAAUAGAGGUGGGGAUGCUGAGCCCAAAGUUGGUGCUAAACCCUCAGCAUAUGAAGAGGGGGAGCCUUUCAUGGGCGACCAAGAAAGAACCCCAAAUGAUUGCAGUGAGGCCCCCAGCAGCCCAAGUGCACAGGAACACCAGCCUGCUUUGGGCCUGGCUUGUUCUCAACGUCUUCACAGCCCUCAGCACAAGUUAAACGAGAGAGGGAGGUCACGUCUGUCCCGAAUGGCUGCUGACUCUGGCAGCUGUGACAUCUCCUCCAACUCAGACACCUUUGGGAGCCCCAUCCACUGCAUCUCCACGGCUGGCGUCCUCCUCAGCAGCCACAUGGACCAAAAAGAUGACCACCAGUCAUCCAGUGGCAACUGGAGUGGGAGCAGCUCCACAUGCCCCUCACAGACCUCAGAGACAAUCCCUCCUGCAGCUUCUCCUCCCCUCACCGGCUCUUCACACUGUGACUCGGAGUUGUCACUCAACACAGCCCCUCAUGCUAAUGAGGAUGCCAAUGUCUUCGUGACAGAGCAGUACAAUGACCACCUGGAUAAAGUGAGAGGCCACCGGGCAAACUCCUUUACCUCCACUGUGGCAGAUCUGCUGGAUGACCCCAACAACAGCAACACCAGUGACAGUGAGUGGAAUUACCUACACCACCAUCACGAUGCCUCCUGCCGCCAGGAUUUUAGUCCUGAGCGCCCCAAGGCAGACAGCCUGGGCUGCCCGAGCUUCACAAGCAUGGCCACUUAUGACAGCUUUCUGGAAAAGUCUCCAUCAGACAAAGCAGACACUAGCUCUCACUUUUCAGUGGACACAGAAGGAUACUACACUUCCAUGCACUUUGACUGUGGUCUCAAAGGCAGUAAGAAUUAUGUCUGUCACUAUGCAGCCCUGGGCCCAGAGAAUGGCCAGGGCAUCGGGGUACCUCCUACUCUUCCGGACUGUGCCUGGCAGGACUACUUAGACCACAGGAGGCAGGGGAGACCUAGCAUCUCUUUCAGGAAACCAAAGGCAAAGCCGACCCCACCUAAACGUAGUUCAUCAUUGAGGAAGUCCGAUGGAAAUGCAGACAUUUCUGAGAAGAAAGAACCAAAGAUAAGCAGUGGCCAGCUCCUGCCUCACAGUUCCAGGGAAAUGAAGCUGCCUCUUGAUUUCUCCAACACGCCUUCUCGAAUGGAAACUGCCAACCUUCCCACCAAGCAAGAAUCUGCUUGGAUGAACCAGAGUGAACAUGGUAUUAAGGAACCUCAGUUAGACACUUCAGAUACUCCACCAUUCAAGGAUGAAGGUGCUGAAUCAACUCACUAUGCAGAUCUCUGGCUUCUCAAUGACUUGAAAACAAAUGAUCCUUACAGAUCUUUAUCUAAUUCAAGUACUGCUACGGGUACCACAGUUAUUGAAUGCAUCAAAUCUCCAGAGAGCUCUGAAUCCCAAACAUCCCAGUCAGAAUCAAGAGCCACCACCCCAUCCCUUCCCUCUGUUGACAAUGAGUUUAAACUGGCCUCACCAGAAAAGCUGGCCGGCUUGGCAUCGCCAUCAAGUGGCUACUCGAGCCAGUCUGAAACACCGACCUCCUCUUUCCCUACAGCUUUCUUUUCCGGUCCACUGUCUCCCGGAGGUAGCAAAAGAAAACCGAAAGUCCCAGAAAGGAAAUCCUCACUACAGCAACCCUCUUUAAAAGAUGGAGCUCUUUCACUGAGUAAAGACCUCGAACUUCCAAUUAUACCUCCUACCCAUCUUGACCUAAGUGCUCUUCAUAGUGUCUUGAAUAAACCAUUCCACCACCGUCACCCACUGCAUGUUUUUACUCAUAGUAAGCAGAACCCAGUAGGAGAAACACUGCGGUCGAAUCCUCCACCGUCCCUUGCAAUUACACCGACAGUCCUGAAAUCUGUUAACCUUAGGUCCAUCAGCAAGUCUGAAGAAGUGAAGCAAAAAGAGGGCAACAAUACAGAUCUCCCCUACUUAGAAGACAGCACUCUCACAAUGGCUGCCCUGUCUCCAGGUAAGAUUAAGCCGCAUGUGGCUAAGAAAUCAGUAUCACGUCAGUACUCCACUGAAGACACCAUACUGUCCUUUUUAGACUCCUCUGCAGUUGAGAUGGGACCAGACAAACUCCAGUUAGAGAAAAAACGUACUUUUGAUGUAAAGAAUCAUUGUGACCCAGAAACAGCAACCUCAGCUGGUAACAAUCUUCUAGAUUCAAGUGUCACAAAAGACCAAAAACAUAUGGAGAGCGAGCUUAUUCCGGAGAACACACCAAGUAAAAAUUGUGACUUUCCCACAGAAGGAUUUCAGAGGGUCUCUGUUGCCCGCCCAAAUGAUUUGGAUGGUAAAGUACUGCAAUAUGGAGCUGGUCCAGAUGGAGCCCUAGGACAGGUGCAGAAGCCAUCCUCUGCAGAUUGGGAGGAAGCUGCAUACCCUGAGUCUGUGGAUGCGCUCACAGCUCAGUCAAACUCACCAACCAGACCCACAGACAUAAGCAGUCAACUUAAGCAUCAACUUGGGAUGAGCCACCACCAUGACAAAGUGCCUGGGAAUAUCAGCUGUGAAGCAGAGCUAUCAACUGCAAAUUCAUGCCCUGAAAAAUGUUCUGAGCAGGAAAAUAGUGCUUCAGGUAUUUCAGCCAAAAGUGCCUCUGAUAACAGCGGAGCAGAGGAGACCCAAGGAAGUGUGGAUGAGGUUUCACUGAAAGGUCAGUUGUUGAUGCCUUUGUCCCAGUGGAAAGGUCUCUCACGGCACUUCAUUGCGUUUUUUUUCUUUCUUAUGUUCCCUGUAACACAGUACAGCCCUGGGUGUUGGUUUCCCUCCACCUUUUUUUCACUUCUUAAAACAAUUGAGAUAAAAGUUUUUGUUAUUGAGGGACUGAGCUGCGACAGAUAAUCUCUCUUUUUAAAAAUAGCCGUAAGGUAUCUGUUGUUUGUUGAUGCCACAAGCCAGUGAAACACAGCAGCGUGCCUGGUAACUUCUUUUUUUUUUUUUUAAUUUA